AUGUCUACAGAUUCACAAUACUGGGCUUACGACAAUAUUGUCCCAUCCUUCCGUCUCGAUGGCCGUCUCGCUAUACUUACUGGUGGCUCUGGUGGUCUUGCCGCAGUAGUGGCACGUGCCUUGCUCGCCAAGGGUGCAGAUGUUGCACUUGUCGAUAUGAACCUCGAACGUACACAACAAGCAGCCAAGGAUGUGCUAAUCUGGGGUGAAGAACAGAUGAAGGGCAAGAAUGAAUCGCCUAUUGGCCAAGUUAGUGCUUGGGCAUGUAAUAUUGGUGACGCUGAGUCUGUUGAACUCACAUUUAAGGCCAUCAAUGAGCACCACGCCAAGAUUGCUGACUUGUUGGUGAACUCUGCCGGAUACGCUGAAAACUUUCCAGCUGAAGAAUACCCAGCUGCCAAUGCCGAAGCCAUCAUGAAGGUGAAUGGCCUUGGUGCUUUUUACGUGUCACAAUCAUUUGCUAGAGCUUUGAUUGCAAACAAUAAGCCAGGUUCCAUCAUUUUGAUUGGAUCCAUGUCCGGUACCAUUGUCAAUGACCCACAACCACAAUGUAUGUACAACAUGUCCAAAGCAGGUGUCAUUCACCUUUGCAGAUCCUUGGCUGUUGAAUGGGCCAAAUACAAUAUCAGAGUCAAUACAUUGAGUCCUGGCUACAUUUUGACUCCAUUGACAAGAAACGUUAUUAGCGGACACGCUGACAUGAAGGCUGAGUGGGAAAGCAAGAUUCCAAUGAAGAGAAUGGCUGAGCCAAAGGAGUUUGUAGGCUCCAUCUUGUACUUGGCCUCAGACAGUGCCAGCUCAUACACCACUGGACACAAUUUGGUUGUUGAUGGUGGUUACGAAUGUUGGUGA